GAAUAACGCACGACGAUGGGUGAUUCCAGCAGAUAUAGUAGUUGUAGCAUCCUCGGAUUCUGGUGGUCGUUUUUCGUUUUAAUGCAAACCCUGCAAGCUCACAUCGGGGAAUACGAUGAUUACUUGAGGGAAAGAGAGUUAAUGGCGAAAGAGAACCUGGAAAAGGCUUACCGUCCUGCACCGGAGGAGAUUGUUAAUCACUACAACGACCAUGCGGCCAAGACUUUGAUGGGAUUGAAUUCCACGAGGCGCGAUAUGAGGGGGAAGAAGAAGAAUGGUGGUCCUUGCGAGGCGUCUAACCCCAUCGAUCAGUGUUGGCGGUGCGAUGAAUAUUGGGAGAUUAAUAGGAUGAAGCUUGCCGAUUGCGCCCUCGGAUUCGGCCAUGGCACCACCGGUGGAAAAGGCGGCGAGUUUUAUGUCGUCACCGAUUCUUCCGAUGAUGUUCUUGACCCGAAGCCCGGAACCCUUCGCCACGCCGUCAUCCAGACGAGGCCGCUUUGGAUCAUCUUCCAGCAUUCGAUGGUGAUCACGCCGGAACAUGAGCUUCUUAUUAUGACCAAUGAUAAAACCAUCGACGGAAGGGGGGUUAAAGUGCACAUCGCUUACGGCGCCGGUAUUACUAUCCAGUUCGCGAAGAAUAUUAUUAUUCAUAACCUUCGUAUCCACGACACGGUGGCGUGUGAAGGUGGUACGAUCAAGGACGGUGAAGAACACGCCGGGAUUAGGACGAAGAGUGACGGCGAUGGGAUCUCUAUCUUCGGAUCGACCAACAUUUGGAUCGACCAUCUCUCCAUGUACCGAUGCUCCGACGGUCUCAUCGACGCUAUCCAGGGCUCCACCGCCAUCACCAUUUCCAACUGUCAUUUCACCGAUCACAACGACGUGAUGUUGUUCGGAGCACACGACUCGUACGACCUUGACGAGAAAAUGCAGAUCACCGUCGCUUUGAACCAUUUCGGUAAAGGGUUAGUACAGAGAAUGCCGAGAAGCCGGUUCGGUUUCAUCCAUGUCGUAAACAACGACUACACUCACUGGCUGAUGUACGCCAUCGGCGGCAGCAGCCACCCUACCUAUGUCAGCCAGGGAAACCGAUACUCCGCCUCAUCGGAAAAAGUAAACAAAGAAGUGACCAAGAGGGAUUACGCCCCAGAAUCAGAGUGGAAGAACUGGAACUGGAUAUCCCAAGGUGAUCAGUUCGACAAUGGUGCCUUCUUCGUCGAGUCCGGCAGUUCGUGGGUCAGCAAGAAAUACGGCAGCGACGUAAUGCUCUCUUACCAGCCUGGUAAAAUGACGCCGUUACUCACAAAGGAUUCCGGCGUACUUGGCUGCAAAAAAGGCCAGGCUUGCUAAGCACUUUCUCUUAUAUCCGACAUGUGAUCAGGCAGCGUUUUCGACAUGUUCGGAACUAUUUA